AUGACAGAGGAGAAGCAUCAGCCCCACCACCAUUUGCACAUGCCGCAUUUCCAUUCGCAUGCCAGUGAGAUUGAGACGGCGAUUGACGAGCUGUGCUCGGACAAGUAUGCAGAAACGUCCUACGACGGGAUGGGCGAGCUGUCGGAUCUGAUUGCGUCGAAGCGGCACCCUGAAUGGGACGUGACGCGUGCGAUCAGCCAUCACCUGCAGGGCGACUCGGUGCCGGCGCAAAAGCGCGCGCUCACUGUGCUGGAGGGCCUCGUGGAGAUGGGCGAGCCUGCGUUCCAGCGGUCGUUUGCGACGCCGGAUCUGGUGCGUACGCUGCGCAGCAUCUCGAGCAGCUACGGCACGGACAAUGGUGUGCGUCGCAAGCUCAUGCUCAUGCUUCUCUCGUGGCACAAGCACUUUAUGCGCGAUCCUGAGAUGGCGCAUGUGUCGAGUUUGUAUGGCCUGUGCGGCGGUGUGGAGCGCGAGCAUCUCAUGGUCCCGAAGGCGGAGCCGCCGCGCCCGCGACACGAGGCAGUCGACCUCUUGCAUUCGAGUGGCUCGAGUGUCGAGGGCACGCUGGAGGCGUCGAACCGCGAGACGGAGGCGCUUUGGCAGGCGGUCAUGGCGGCGAGCCAGUCGAAUACGCCGGUCAUGGAGAGCGAGGAUGUCAAGACGCACGCCAUGCUCGUUUUGGAGCUACAGAAGGAAGUCGUGCAAUACAUCCACACGGUCGGUGACGCUGACUAUAUCGGCACACUGAUCGACGCCAAUGACAAGAUUGUCGAUGUUCUGCAGCGUCUGCAGGACGCGGCCGCUGGCAUGCCCGUGCAGACGCACGCACCGGGCACGCUCCCCUCGUCGAAGGAGGAGCUUAUCAUGAACGCAUCGCGCCGUCUGUCGCUGCCUGAUGCUGUGCACUCGCCUGCGAAUGAGCUCCUUCGUGACAUUGAUCACUCGCUCAUGGUGCACUCGGGCUUCACGACGGCUGCGCCAUCGCGCUCCGCGAUGGAGCCUGCUGAGCACGCGGACCCGAACGAGAUCGACAUGUCGGUCGUGGAACGCAACACGCAGCAGGUCCAGGGCUCCGUGUCCGGUCUGCCCACCGCCCCGCCUGCCUAG